ACAUUUUAUUUAUGAGAGUUGUGUUGUGUGAUAAUUCAGAAAUUUUCUUCUCUGCACAUUUCAGGAAUUUUGGUGGAAUUUACAACGUUAAAAGUGUUUAAUCAUUGAAUAAUUUUUAAAACUGAUAGCUGAUUUACACAUUGCAGAUCUUCAUAAUUUUGCAGAGUUCUGCAGUAAGAACUUUUGUCGCUCCUACUAAAUUUUUUUCUGUUAGUGUAGCUACGGACGAAAAAGAACAAGAGUAAGAACUUCAAUAUUUUUACUAGCAUGAAUAUAACGCCAGGCGAGCCAGUGCCACCAGGCUUCGAAGAUGAAGUGAACCGAGUGGCACAGAUACAAGAUACUGUUGACAAAUAUAAAGGCAAUGCUUUAAUCGGUUUGGAAUAUUCGCUGGAACUACAUGAAGACAAUCGCCAUGAACCCGGUUAUCUUUGUGUGUUAUGCGAUAAACGAGGUGAUCCCCGCAGCAUUAUGCACCACUGGACUUCAUUUAAUCAUCGUAUGAAGUAUUUAGAAAAACAUUAUCCAUCAGCUGUUAAAGAAUGUUUGCCGGUUAAAUAUAAGCCCAACUCUCAUAAUAUUAUGAUUUUAAUUGUACAAUCUUUGGCUGAAGCUAUUGAAGAUCAUCAUGGUCGUUUAUCUGUUACAGUGAUGAGUGCUGACGAGUUUCGCCACAAAAAAAGCCAUUAUAUGGAGGAGGUCAACAGUAAAUAUCACUUUAGCGAACGCAAUGGGCCAAACUUCGUUGACGCCAUAGACCGCACUCUAUGGGAAAAUAGGCCAUUGAAAAGGAAAGAUUCGAAUGCUCAGAUAACCAUAAAAGCACCUAAACGUUUACAUGAAAUAAAUGCAAAUAAUAAAAAUGAUUUGGAUGAAAUAUCCAGUGAUUCGGAUAACGAUAACAACAAAAAUUGCAAUAAAAAAUCGAAACAACAAGAGCCAGCCUAUCGCACUUUACCACGUGUAAGGCGCUCACCUCCUUUUGAAGAAGAGCGUGAGAAAAAGGUGGAAAAGAAACUUCCGACACCUAAGGAAUUGUCAUUGCAAGCCUCGCAUAUUGCGCAAGAACGUUACAAAUGGGAAAAAUAUCGCUGUAUGCUGGAGAUUCAACUCAAACAGAUGGAAAAAAUACAACAAGAUUAUGAAAAGAAUCCCGAAAAACACCCUUCAUAUCCCGAAGAAUGGAAAAAGUUUUGGAAUCGCCGUUAUAAAGAGCUACAAACAGAAAAAAAAGUCGAUCCUAAUAAAUAUGAUUAUAAACCCGAAUGGAUUGUCUAUUGGACGGCACGCAUGAAAGAACUCUUUAAUGUCGAAGUGGAGAAAAAGAAAAAGGAGAUUAAAGUGAAACUUGGUCUACCAGAAGAUGCCGAAGAGAAAGUGGAUCAAUUGAAAGAAAAAUAUAAAGUACCCGUUAAUCGUACAAUUGCUGUCAAAAAGAUAAGCGAAGGAAGGGCUUCAGAAGAUGUUAUUGACAUUAGUGACGACGAUUCGCCAAAACGUUCGCGUCGCUCCCGCUCUCGUAGUCGCAGUCGUGACUAUAAAAGAUCGCGUUCGCGUUCGUUAAGUCCAUUUUCUGAUGACUAUGAACUUAAUAACAAACACUAUAGUAACCAUCGUCAUCGUCCUACUAGGUCGAGGGGUUAUAAUGCAGGUUCAAACUCUUCUUCCGGUUUGAACGAUUACUAUGGAUACACGCGUUCACGUUAUACACCUACACAUUAUCCUAGUUCAUCAACCCAUUAUCGAGUGCUCGAUUCUCAUAAAAUACCUAAAUAUGAAGAGCGAAGCGAUUUGAAGAUAUCAUCAGUGACAAAAGAAACCAAAGAAGAGCCACCUAAAGACGAAGGACCUGAAGGUCCACUUACCGUGGUAGCAGUGUUACGCCUCCUAACUGCUCUCGAAGAUCAUUUGGGCAGUUUAGGGCCAAAAGUAGUUGAUCUAUUGGGAAAAGCUUUGGCUUUAGAAAAGGUCAAAGCGAAUUCCUCAGAUGAUCUUGUGAUGAAUGAAGAUCACUGUGUCUUUUUUGAAACAAUUAAGGAAAAACUCAAGGGUCUGCUGAUUGCCGAUGUGCUCGACGAUCAGCAAAAAGUGCGCGCCGUAAAAAAAGCCAUUAAAAAUAUAGCAGCCCUCAUUCAUCAAGUAACCACUAAAGGUCCGCAAACUGAUUCAACUGUUCAAGCUGGCAAUGAAAAUAAAAAAAAUCCCAAGGAAUCGACAAAACAAUCAACUAAUUCUAAAGUUUCGUCGAGUGCAAGUAUUAAAGAUUUACCAUUCGAUCGUCAAGUGGUCGCAACGAAAUUGGCAGCUUCACUUGUUAUUCAUGGACGUGAAGAUGUCUCUACGGAAGAUAUGGAUAAAUUGAUAUUCAUGUAUAUUUUAAUGGUAAAGUUAUCGAAAUCGAAACGCGAAGUUGACGGCAAACCUAUUUACACUAAAGAUAUAUUAUUGCAAUUGGGUAUUUCAACGUCAACACCGCCUGGCGUUGGCAAUAAACCAACUAGUGCAGCUUUAGCCGCUCUGCCGGGCAUAGUUGAUGAGCUUUUUGAAAAAGAGCUGACAAGUCUGGUACAGGAAGUCGAAGAGGAAAUCGAUAAUGAAUCUAUGGAUAAAGAAUCACGUAGUGAUGGGAAUAGUAAUAUGUUAGAAUCUUUAACAGACUCAGAUUUGCAAACGUUGUUGCAAAAUUUCAAACAUCUAUCUAAUGAGGAGCAGCAUCAUUUAAUAGCCCAUCUUAAGAAAUUAGAAUCAGCCGAUCCUGCACGUGUCGAAAAGUUACGUAAAUUUGUUAAUUUCGCAGAUAUGAUAGAAACUUCGAGGUCAACCACGGAAUCGACGAAAUCGAAAGAGACUCCGCCAGUAGCAGGUUCUCGGAGCAAAAAUUUUAAUUGUAAUGAUUCUCCGCCAGCCAACAGCAAUAAGGACAAAAUUACUGCCCCAGGUACUGAAGAAGACGAGCAUCGUCGUCGUCCAUUACAAGUUAAUCCUAGUAAAUUUGCUUUGGAUGAUGAGGAAGAGGAGGACGAUGAUUAUAACUUCGAAGAAGUGUUUAAAGCAGCUUCUAGUAACGUUAACAGUUCAUCGGAAGAGCAUUUGCACCAAUCGAAUGAAAAUAAAAGUUCAAAGAGUACUCACGAGGCAGUCGUUCCGGCAAUAUCUUCACCCACAUCUUUGACUUUCAAUCCGGCCGGCUUUAAUAUAUCUCUUAAUGAUACCCAGAAUCUUAUAGCUAAUAUUAUGGGCUCUUUGCAACAAAGCAAUUCUGGUCCAAAAUGUACCACUGGCAAUAAUCAUAAUAAUAAUAAUAAAUCACCUACAGUACCGAAACCUGUACCAGCCGUACCUAUACAGCCACAGCCCGUGCCACCAAUUGCACCAGCGGCAUCCAAGAUUAAGGAGACCAAUAUUGGUGGCGGCGCUGGUGGUAGCAAUGAUAGCGGUGAUCGUGAUGCCAGCAGUGCCAUUGGCAAUCGAGAACGGAUGUUGCCUCAAAAUAUGUCCAAUAUGCCGUACUAUCCUCACCAACAACAGGAAACUACGCCUUAUAAUUACAAUCAAAUGAAUAAUCCUGGAUACUAUAAUAUGAUGCCUACUGGACCUGUAGGGGGCUAUAAUCAAAAUGCAUACGCUCCUGGCUAUCAGCAAUGGGAUAACGGACCACCGCAAAUGCAAUCAUUUGGUGUGCAAGGCUUCAGUAUGCCAUCUCAUCCUCAACCCAAUCAACCGAUGGGUUACAAUAUGUAUGGACAAGGUGGUAAUUGAAUUAAAUUAUUCUUCUCACGAAAAUCAACUGUUCACAAUGGAGAUAAUAAUCAUCUCCAUUUAUAUUCAUGUACUGAUGAAAUAAAGUUUUAUUUUUUCACUUUUUAGUUUAGAAAAAAAGACAGUUUUAGGUUUUUUUUUUUUUUGAAUAACUUGUGUGUGUGUGUAUUAUACAAAUAUGAGUAUGUAUUAUAAAAAUAUGAGUAGAAGAAAGCCGAGAGUCGAUGAUUUAACGAAUUCUGCAUUUUUAAUAAACAAAGUUUAAUAAAAGUACUUAAAAAUAUAUA